CAUUCGUCAGAAAGCAUUAAGCAAGUCCCAGCUCUCCACUCCCAUAGUCCAAUGGCCACCGCAUCCAACACCACCCACUCGCCUCCUUCCAUCAUCCCCCACCAACAGGACGAGGAUGACGACGACGAAUUCGACGACGACGACCUCGAUGACGAAGCCGACGACGAGCCCUCCGCGUCCCCGUCCGAGGAGGCGCGCCACGAGGCCGUGCUCCGGCGGCUCACCGCGGAUGAGGUCCGGAUCCGGGUAUACCAGGUCACGAUCCGGGGCUGCGCCCGCACGCGCCGCGCCGCGGUCGAGGCCGCGGUGGGCCCGGACCUCGCGCGCGCCGCCACCGUGCGAGACCUCGUGCGCGCCGCCGCCGCGGCCGGCGACCGCCUCCGGCGCCUCGGCGCCUUCGAUACUGUCUCCAUCACGCUCGACGCGGCUCCGUCAGGGAUCCCCGGCAGCGCCGUCGUCGUACUUGUUGACGUCGCAGAGGCCCGCGGCCGCGCUGCCGCUGGAUUCGGCGUCUUCGCCAACACCCAGACUCGAUCGUGUUCACUUGAAGGUUCACUGAAGUUGAAGAACUUAUUUGGAUACUGUGAGACCUGGGAUGCAGCAGGUGCUCUUGAAUUAGAUAAGACAACAGAACUAAGUGCUGGAGUGGAAAUGCCUAGAAUCGGAGCGAUACCAACUCCGCUGGUGGCUAGAAUAUCAUUUCUGUCCGAGGACUGGUUGAAGUCCUCACUCAAAGAACACCUGAUGGGCGUUUCUGUUGGCUUGCUCUCCACCAUGAACCACAACCUUUCUUACAAUUUGACAUGGCGAAAAUUAACUGAUCCAGCACGCAUGUCAUCCAAUUCUGUACAAGAACAGUUAGGACAUAGCCUUUUGUCCUCUGUUAAGUAUGCAUACACGGUUGACCAAAGGGACUCGAGCAUAAGGCCUACACGUGGAUAUGCUUUUCUCUCGUCUUCUCAAGUAGGAGGUCUUGCACCAGGGAGCAGAUAUUCACGGUUUCUUAGACAGGAAUUUGAUCUUCGAGUGGCUUUGCCUCUGGGUGUGCUUAAUGGUGCUCUCAAUGCCGGAGUUGCAGCAGGAGUCAUCCAUCCAUUGGAAAGGGGUUCCACGGGAUCUGUGUCACCACUUUCAGAAAUGUUUUACUUGGGAGGUAACAGGUCCCUUGUAUGCCGCUUGGGUGGACCAUCAUCACUCUUAGGCUUCAAAACAAGAGGACUAGGAGCAAGGGAGUUCAGGGUCUGUAACCCCAACAAUUCUGAAAAUGGUAGUUCCAGUUGUCCUGAGCUAAUUGGUCUUGGUGGUGACAUAGCAGUGGCAGCAUUUGCGGACCUCUCCUUUGAUAUACCUCUGAAGCCACUCAGGGAUCUAGGAAUUCAUGGCCAUGCAUUUGUCUGUGCUGGAAAUCUUGGUAAAUUAACUGAGUGUGAUUUACGGAAAUUUCCCCUUACCGACUUCCUACAAACGUUCAGGAGUUCUGCCGGAUUUGGUGUAGUCCUGCCAACCAGAUUGUUUCGCAUAGAGGUAAAUUACUGCCACAUCCUGAAACAAUUUGACCGUGACAAGGGAAAGACAGGCAUACAGUUUAACUUUGCUUCACCCUAAUUUCAUUGGCAAGAAGUUCACAUCAAGAUGAAUAGUUGUAUUUUUUCCCUCACUACUCUGAUUUUUAUCCUUUUGACAGAGCUUACCUUGCGCACUCUAAGUGAUAAAUUGCUUGUUCUGGGCUGUGGAUUUGAUGUUGUGACUUGUAAGUGAAAGGGGCUCUAGCCUAUUUGUUCGAGCACCUGGGUAGCACCCAGCAUGCAUGCUAGGGUCCGAAUCCUCACGAGAGCGAAUUUAUGGGGUUGCUUUUUGAAAGAAAAAAAAACUCUCGCCAGCUACACCUGAUUGAGAACUGAUUGGCAUGUUUUUCAGAAUUUAACAGAGGCUAGAAAACUAAUACUAAACUCCUGAUUGGCGUGUUUGUCAAAAUUUGACAGAGACCUACUAGGUGCUAAUCAGGUGCUCUAACCACUACACUGCAGGGAUAAACCAGCUGGCAGAUGGAGACUUGUGGAUCUGCCCCUGAUGUGAUGUUCUAGUGUCUCAAAAAAUAUGUAGCAAAGUCUUUUUUACCAGAUUUUGGAAUGGAGCCUAUGAACGUAUAAACAUGCAGAAAGGAAUUAGAAUCCCUAGUAAAGCUCUUUUGUAUGCCGCUUGGUUGGACCAUUGUCACAACAGAAUUGAGAUUUGCGGCCUCUAUAACUCUGAAAAUGGUCUUGGAGGUGACAUAGCAGUGACAGGUGACAGCAUUUGCUGAUACCUUUGAUAUACCUCUAAAGCUGCUCAACGAUCUAGGAGUUCAGCCAUGCUUUUUGUUGCUGGAAAUAUUGAUAACAAACUGAGUAUGAUCUUUGGAAAUUUCGGAGUUUUGCAGGAUUUGGUGUAGUUGUGCUAACCAAAUUGUUACACAUAGAGGUUUUCCCUUGUCUUCCUCCAGAGAGUCGCUGAAGUUACCACAGGCACUGGAAGUGAGAAAUUGUUUGUACUGUGUUCUGGAUUUAAUGUUCUGACUUGUAAAGCACAAAAAGCAAAAAGCAAAAUCAAAAGAGGUAGGGAGCUUUAGGUUUCAA